CUCGGGGGAGCCCGGCGCCGCCGGAACUGCCCGCGGCCUAGUCCCGACGCGCGUGUGCUAGUGAGCAGGAGCCGGGGACGGCGGCGGCGGCGGCGGCCUGGCCUGUGGGGACCCGAGGGGGCCGCUAUCAUGGGGGAGUGACGCGCCUGCGCCCGCUGUUCCGCGGCAGCGGCGAGACAUGAGGAAACCCCGCGGCGGGGGCAGCGGCGGCGGCUCCUGAGCCCCGGGAUGGAGGAGAAAUACGGCGGGGACGUGCUAGCCAGCCCCAGCGGCGGCGGUGGCCUCGGGCCGGUGGACGUGCCCAGCGCUCGAUUAACAAAAUAUAUUGUGUUACUAUGUUUGACUAAAUUUUUGAAGGCUGUGGGACUUUUUGAAUCAUACGAUCUCCUAAAAGCAGUUCACAUUGUUCAGUUCAUUUUUAUAUUAAAACUUGGAACUGCAUUUUUUAUGGUUUUGUUUCAAAAGCCAUUUUCUUCUGGGAAAAGUAUUACCAAACACCAGUGGAUCAAAAUAUUUAAGCAUGCAGUUGCUGGGUGUAUCAUUUCACUCUUGUGGUUUUUUGGCCUCACUCUUUGUGGACCACUAAGGACUUUGCUGCUAUUUGAAACACGUGAUAUUGUUGUCAUCUCACUACUCAGUGUUUUGUUCACUAGUUCUGGAGGAGGACCAGCAAAGACAAGAGGGGCUGCUUUUUUCAUUAUUGCUGUGAUCUGCCUAUUGCUUUUUGACAAUGAUGAUCUCAUGGCUAAAAUGGCUGAACACCCUGAAGGACAUCAUGACAGCGCUCUAACUCACAUGCUUUACACAGCCAUUGCCUUCUUAGGUGUGGCAGAUCACAAGGGUGGAGUAUUAUUGCUAGUACUGGCUUUGUGUUGUAAAGUUGGUUUUCAUACAGCAUCCAGAAAACUCUCUAUAGAUGUUGGUGGAGCCAAGCGUCUUCAAGCUUUAUCCCAUCUUGUUUCUGUGCUUCUCUUAUGUCCAUGGGUCAUUGUUCUUUCUGUGACAACUGAGAGUAAAGUCGAGUCUUGGUUUUCUCUCAUUAUGCCUUUCACAACAGUUAUCUUUUUUGUCAUGAUCCUGGAUUUCUAUGUCGAUUCUGUUUGUUCAGUCAAAAUGGAAGUUUCCAAAUGUGCCCGCUAUGGAUCCUUUCCCAUUUUUAUUAGUGCUUUACUUUUUGGAAACUUUUGGACACAUCCAAUAACAGACCAGCUUCGAGCUAUGAACAGAGCAGCACACCAGGAAAGCACUGAACACGUCCUGUCCGGAGGAGUGGUAGUGAGCGCUAUAUUCUUCAUUUUGUCUGACAACAUCUUAUCAUCUCCUUCUAAGAGAGGACAGAAAGGCACUCUAAUUGGAUAUUCUCCUGAAGGAACACCUCUUUAUAACUUCAUGGGUGAUGCUUUUCAGCAUAGCUCCCAAUCGAUCCCUAGGUUUAUUAAGGAAUCACUAAAACAAAUUCUUGAGGAAAAUGACUCUAGGCAGAUCUUUUACUUCUUGUGCUUGAAUCUGCUUUUUACCUUUGUGGAAUUAUUCUAUGGAGUGUUGACCAAUAGUCUGGGUCUGAUCUCAGAUGGAUUUCACAUGCUCUUUGACUGCUCUGCUUUGGUCAUGGGACUUUUUGCAGCCCUGAUGAGUAGAUGGAAAGCAACUCGGAUUUUCUCCUAUGGGUAUGGCCGAAUAGAAAUUCUCUCUGGAUUUAUUAAUGGACUUUUUCUAAUGGUAAUAGCUUUUUUUGUGUUUAUGGAGUCAUUGGCUAGAUUAAUUGAUCCUCCGGAAUUAGACACACACAUGUUAACACCAGUCUCAGUUGGAGGGCUGAUAGUAAACCUUAUUGGUAUCUGUGCCUUUAGCCAUGCCCAUAACCAUAACCAUGGAGCUUCUCAGGGAAGCUGUCAUUCAUCUGAUCACAGCCAUUCCCACCAUAUGCAUGGACACAGUGACCACGGACAUGGUCACAGCCACGGAUCUGCAGGCAGAGGCAUGAAUGCUAACAUGAGGGGUGUAUUUCUACAUGUUUUGGCAGACACGCUUGGCAGUAUUGGUGUGAUCGUAUCCACAGUUCUUAUAGAGCAGUUUGGAUGGUUCAUUGCUGAUCCCCUCUGUUCUCUUUUUAUUGCCGUAUUAAUAUUUCUCAGUGUUGUUCCACUGAUUAAAGAUGCCUGUCAGGUUCUACUUUUGAGAUUGCCACCAGAAUGUGAAAAAGAACUACAUGUUGCUUUAGAAAAGAUACAGAAAAUUGAAGGAUUAAUAUCAUACCGAGACCCUCAUUUUUGGCGUCAUUCAGCCAGUGUUGUGGCAGGAACAGUUCAUAUACAGGUGGCAUCCGAUGUGCUGGAGCAAAGAAUAGUACAGCAGGUUACAGGAAUACUUAAAGAUGCUGGAGUAAACAAUUUAACCAUUCAAGUGGAAAAAGAGGCAUACUUUCAACAUAUGUCUGGCCUAAGUACUGGAUUUCAUGAUGUUCUAGCUAUGACCAAACAAAUGGAGUCCAUGAAAUACUACAAAGAUGGUACUUACAUCAUGUGACAUAACUCAAGGAUUACCUCUGGGGUAUGGACAAUGAAGAUGAAAUUGCUCGGUAUUUAUAAUAUUGCCAGAAGGAAGAAAAUUGCACAUAAUUGUACAGAAACAUUUUGCUGUAUUUGAGACAAAUUCUAAAGUUCCCUACUAUUGGAUCAAGGAAUCUUUCAUAAAGGAAAUUUAAAUACAGAAUGAAGCAUUAAUUGUACAAGUAAAGUAAUUUCUUGAAUUACGUGUAUAAUGAGAAUCUUAAAAUUUGAACAUGUGUCACAUCAUCUUCGAAAAUGAACAUAUAAUGAUGGAUUCUGGUGAAGACCAAAAUUACUUCUGUGUGUUUACUUUCUGUCAUAAAAUAUCUCCAUUGUAAAUAAUGUAUUUACAUGUUUAUUACAAAGACCCAAAUGAAAAAUUUUUAGUCAAUUUUUUGCAUAGCCCUAGGAUAAAAUAGGAAUAAAAGUUCUAUAUUUAUGGAUUUUCUGUAUAUAAAACUGGUUUCUAAUUAUAACUUAAAUCCAUUACGUAAAAGCUGUAUUGCCACUUUAAAUGUAAACUAAAUUAUUUAGGAGAAACCAACCACUGAAAUGAGACAAGCUGAAAUGAGAAUAGGGAAUUAAAACAUUAUUGAUGUAUUGAAAACCAACCACUCUGUAAAAUAAAUUUUUUUUACUUUUGGUAAUA